GCCAAGUGGACACAUUUGGUGGAUUUGUAAUUGAGUGUUGACGUCAAUUAAAAUCACAGAUCUAGACGAGCAAAACAUAAUGGCAGGUGGAAGUAAUUGCAUCACCGAGUUAUAGAUUCUGAAUCACUAAGUGUCGCAGUCCUUUUGGAAAUCCAGACGCCAGCAGUCCUGACGGGAUAUGACGUCCGUUGUUCUGGAGCGGGGACGGGGAAGUCGUUUCGCUUGCAGUCUCCUGUAUGAUCGCCGAUCUCGUCUCGGAUUCUGUAACAUAUAGGCUGUAUCUCGGAAACGGACGUCCUCUCCAGCGCCUCUGCUUUGUAGUGGUCUAAGCCGAGGCUCGCGGGCCCCCAACAUAGCCAUGCGCGCGCUGACGAGGUCCCACCAGCCUCUGUUCGUCUGCGCGUGGUUGCUGUGGUAUUCCACGCCAUGCCACGGGAAGCCCGAUCCGCGGCGGCGCGAGGCCCUAAUGGACGUGGAAACGAGAAGAGGGACCGGUGGACACGUAGCGCUCAGCGAGAAGGAAAAGGCCCUCGAUGAAAAACUUUACCAAAUGAAGUUGCACGACAUGGCGGGGCCAACCUUUCCCCCUGCAAUACACUUCUUCAAAGCAAAACCUCUCAUCGAACGGAGUCCAGUCUUCACUUUGCUGCAGAAGAUGCCCAAAGGUGCAGCCCUACAUGUCCAUGACUUUGCCAUGGUGGGGGUGGAAUGGCUUGUGAAGAAUGUGACCUACAGAGAGAAGUGCUAUGUGUGCUUCACCGACAACCACUCUGUGCGCUUUGUCUUCUCCAUCGGACAGCCUGAGCUGCAGCCUCACUGCUCUGAGUGGAUUCUCCUCAAAACCCUGAGAGAGAAGCUGAACAGCACUGAACUGGACAACAGUUUUGUCCAUAAUCUCACGCUGUUUACGGAAGACCCGGACAAAGCCUACCCAAACCAAGACACCGUUUGGCAGAGGUUUGAACAAGCAUUCAUAGUGGCCAAUGGAUUGGUCACAUAUGCUCCUGUCUUUAAAGACUACCUCUAUGAAGGCCUUAGGCAGUUCUACAUGGACAACGUCCUGUAUGUGGAAAUCAGGGCUCUGCUAUCAUCAACAUACGAGCUUGAUGCUAAAAGAAACAGUAAGGACUGGAGCCUAAGGGCUUGCAGAGAAGUGGUGCAGCGCUUCAAGGCUCAGUACCCAGACUUUGUUGGGGCUCGAGUCAUCUUUACAGUCCACAGGGGCCUGAAUUCAACAGAAGCUGUUAAGGCUGUGGAGGAGGCCAUGUCACUGAAGAAGAAUUUCCCAGAUAUCAUGGCAGGCUUUGACUUUGUGGGUCGUGAAGACAGCGGAAGGCCUUUGUGGUACUUCAGAGAGGCCUUGGGUUUGCCCGAGGAGAAGGGCACCGAUUUGCCCUACUUCUUCCAUGCCGGAGAGACUGACUCAGAGGGUACGGAGGUUGAUCAAAAUGUAAUGGAUGCUCUGCUGUUCAACACCUCUCGCAUUGGUCAUGGCUUUGCAAUGGCACGUCACCCUGUGGUCAAAGAGCUCGCCAGGAAGAUGGAUGUAGCUGUGGAGGUUUGCCCCAUCUCUAACCAGGUCCUGAAGCUAGUCUCAGACCUGCGGAACCAUCCCGCAGCUGCGCUGAUGGCAGAGGGCCAUCCCAUGGUCAUCAGCUCCGACGACCCAGCUCUGUUUGGCGCAGCAGGUCUCUCCUAUGACUUCUACCAGGUCUUCAUGGGCUUUGGAGGAAUGAAGUCAAAUCUAGCCACGCUGAAAGAGCUCGUCCUGAACUCUGUGAGAUAUAGUUCCUUGUCUUCCACAAUGAAGGAAAAAGCCACAGCAACUUUAUUGGUGAGAUGGGACAAGUUUGUUUCAGAGUCCUUACUACAGACACACCAGAAGACUAGACUAUAAGAUUUGGCCCCUCUCAAGUACAAUUUUACAUAGAAAAUGCACUUUAUUGAUGAGCUGUCCAGUUGUUUUAUUACUUCACACAGUGAUGAGUGGACACAUCAUAGGCUGAUGGUUUUGAUAAUAAUUGCUUUUUUGUUCUCUGAGUGAUCUGAGCUCUUAUAUAUUUUUUACAUAAUGGGAUGGUUGGAAUUAGGGUGGGAAAACUUGUCCUAGAUCAGUUUAAAGGGGGAAUCGUUAAAACUAGAACCAUGUAUGUAGCCGUGGUAUCCAUUGAGAGUGUCAUAGUAUGUACAUGUAUAUUAGUCGCCCUCUGGUGGAGAAUCUCAUUAAACUCUUGCUGGUGUA